AUUUUCUUUUUAACAGAAUGUUUCACUCAACUUUAAACCAGUUUUUCUAUUCCAUUAAAAUUAUUGUGAUGUAACCAAAGGGGCCAGUGAGCCUUUACCUGCAAUAUCACCUGUACGGAAAAUGUGUACUUGAAUAAAUCUAAUGUUUGAAGUAAAGACUGAAGGACAUGUAAAUCUACACACAAGUUUUUAUCAGUUAACAGUACAUGAAUGUCCUAGUUUAAGGCUAUUUGUAUGACUUUUAGAGCAGCUGGAUCCAAAGUUCAUUUGUUGAUUAAUAAGAGUAGCAUUCCUUGGUAUAUAAAAAUGGCAGCUCCUACCAGUGUAAGAUUUCUCCAUGAAAAGGCAUAUGUAAAUGGAAAAUGGGCAGAUGCUGCAAGUGGCAAAACAUUUGAUGUGGUCAAUCCUUCCAAUGGGAAAAAGAUUGGUGUUGUACCAGACAUGGAUGCUGCAGACACACAGAAUGCUAUACAAUUUGCUCAGACUGCUUUUGAAUCAUGGAAGGAAACAACAGCCAAGGAAAGAAGUGUCAUAUUGAGAAAAUGGAGCGAGCUCUGUAUAGAGAAUAAAGAUGAGCUUGCAAAGAUACUAACACUUGAAAAUGGAAAACCUUUAGCUGAAGCUACAGGAGAGGUCAUGUAUGGUACAUCAUUUAUGGAAUGGUUUGCCGAGGAGGCAAGGAGGGUUUAUGGGGAUAUUAUUCCAUCGCCUGCGAAGACAAAGAAGAUCCUUGUACUCAAACAACCAAUUGGAGUAGCUGGUAUGAUUACACCUUGGAAUUUUCCUAAUGCCAUGAUUACCAGGAAAGCUUGUGCAGCUAUAGCUGCAGGAUGUACUGUUGUUCUCAAACCAGCUGAAGAUACACCAUAUUCUGCUUUGGCAUUGUGUGAGUUAGCUGAGAAGGCUGGCCUUCCUCCAGGAGUGUUGAAUAUAGUCACAUGCUCAAGAGCCAAUGCAGGAGUGGUGGGCAAGAUGUUAUGUGAAAAUCCAAUGGUUAAAAAGAUUUCCUUUACUGGUUCUACUGUUGUAGGCAAGAUAUUGCUCCAGCAGUCAGCCUCUACAGUGAAGAAAGUUUCAUUAGAGUUGGGAGGAAAUGCUCCAUUCAUUGUGUUUGAUAGUGCUGAUCUUGACCAGGCAGUCAAUGGAACUAUGAACUCUAAAUUUAGAUGUUCAGGACAGACCUGUGUGUGUGCCAAUAGAAUUCUAGUUCAAGAAGGUAUUUACCCGAAAUAUAUUCAAAAGCUUGCAGAGGUGAUGACCAGAGAUCUCAAAGUUGGUGAUGGAUUUGAAUCUGGUACAACCCAAGGGCCAUUGAUAAAUCACAAUGCAGUGGAAAAGGUUGAUGGACAUGUCCAGGAUGCAAUCCAAAAGGGGGCAAAAUUGGUGCUGGGAGGUCAGAAAAAGGGAGGUAACUUUUAUGCACCAACACUUCUACAGGAUGUUACCUUAGACAUGAAAUGUGCCAAAGAGGAAAUAUUUGGUCCUAUUGCUGCAGUACACAAAUUUAAAACAGAAGAAGAGGUUAUUAAAAUAGCAAACACAACAACUGCUGGUUUAGCAGGGUACUUCUUCUCACAGAAUAUCAGUCAGAUCUGGAGGAUGGCUGAAAAAUUAGAGUAUGGACUUAUUGGUGUCAAUGAAGGCUUGUUUUCAAUGACAGAGGCUCCAUUUGGGGGCUGGAAAGAAUCUGGUCUUGGGUCAGAAGGCAGUAAAUACGGACUGAAUGAAUAUUUAGAAAUCAAAUAUGUCUGUUUAGGAGGAAUGUAGAUUUUUGUCAAUGAUUUCAAUGAAUAACCAGUUGUUAUUUAUAUGUUUCUUAAGGUUGACAGACACUUCUAAUUAUAUGCCAUAUAUUUUUUUGGAAACUUUAUUUGUCAAGGGAGAAUAUCUGAGUUUUACUGCAGACACCAAUAAGUUUUUACAGUAGUGAAUAUGAUUCUGAGGUAAAAGUACUGGUGGGUUUAUUUGAAAGUUGCUUUUUAUAAAUUUGAUGUCAAAACAAUGAUGAGAAAUUAUUAAAUAUAAAUCUUUUUUUUUAGGGGGGGGGAUCUUUUUAACUGGUUGAUGAGUUAAGCAUAAACUGAUAAAUAAGUAAAGCUCCAUUUUAUUUUUUGUUAUUUUACAAAAUUGUUUAAAAAAAUUGGUUGAUUUGCAGUUAAAAUCAUUUAAUUUCUAUGUGAUGUUUAUUCCUCAGGCUAAUCACAUAUUUUUUUAUUCAUUGACAAGUUAUAAUUCUUGGUGUAUUUCUACAAUAUUAUCUAUCAGUUUUAUUAGACGGUUUUUGAAGUGAUUUCCAAGAAAACUGUAUCAGUUUUCAGUUUUAUUUAAAUGGUUGCUAAUUUAAGAGAAAAAACAUGAUACUGACUCAUAGAUUAAAUCAGUACCAUAGAUCAUCAGUUGGAUAUAUAUUCAGUUUAAAAGUGGCAUUCUACCUUAAGGAACUUUUAACAAAUUUUAAAAAAGGAAUAUUUCUCUAUUUAUGCAAUAUAUUCAAACAAAUAAAAUUAAGAAUACAGCUCUAUUAAUUAAAUGAUAAUCAAGAAGAUACAAUUGGGAAGUUUGCUCUGUUAGUGCUAACUAAUCAAAUUUGUCAUAAUUAUGUUGUCGAAAAAAUAUACAUAUCCAACACUGUUUAGUUGUGUUGUAGAUUUUUGCCCUUUAUAGCAAGUUUCGUUCAUUUAAAAAGCUAGUGAUAUAUCUCUUUAAAUAUCCAUUUUACGUAAAAUGAAAGUGUUAGACAUUUAUUGUGAAUGACAAUCAUACCGAAAAAACAACAGCUUUCUUCAAUAGGAAAGAUUAAGAUAAAAUGCAAACAUAUGUAACUUGAUCACUCUUUAGUAAAAACUGUAUAACAGUAAUAAGAUAUAACUGUGAAAAAAGCACUCAUAAUUGAGACAUAAAAACUAUGCCAGUUUUAUUUUUUCAUUAUUACCCAGUGCCAUCGGCAGGCAUAUAGAUUGAUUCACUUUUAAUGGUUGUUUAACACUUGGUGUAACAUCAUCGUAGAAAAAGUAAACAUAUGACCAGAAUUUAUAUUAUAAUGUUUUCAAUGUUUAAACAGCAAACAUGUUCAGAUAACUUAACAGAUCUUGUCAUCUAAGUUGAUUAUAUUCUGCUUUUAAAUGGAUUUUCUUAUUGGUAAUCCAAAUUUUUCUAAAUGUAUUUUUUUCUUGCAAUACAGAUUAUACAUGUACAAACUUUUCAUUGUUAUAUUUGAUGAGUAAAAUCUACCUGUAAGAAGUUGAAAUAUUUACAAAGAUUAGUUUAGUUCACUGGAGAAUUUAAAUUUUUUCACCUGACAAGAACAGAGGAAUCAUAAAAGUAAACAUUUUAUGAUUUGAUUUUAUAUGUUUAAGAUUUGCUAAAAAAGCCAGCAUUAACUUUGAGAAAUCUGCAGACUUAGUUAAUCAUGGUCAAAUUAUUUAGAAGGAUUUUUGUCAUGGAUAGAUUAAUGAAAAUUUAUCUCUUUUAUAAUGGUUGUUAGAAAUAAUUUAAAUAUAUAUUUCAUAUGUUAUGGAUAUUAAUUUUUAAGAAAUAAAUAAAUAUAAUAAGCAGA